UAAACAUAACGACGAGAGAAAAGAAAGGCAUUCCGUCAAAACUCCCAAAUCGUCGAAACGUGUAUGCUUCUCAAAGGCGGCGCCAGCUCUGUUCAUAACCUCGAAAGCGUGCAGCUUCUGAAAGCAGUCAAUAGUUUCGCGGCAACCUGCGCAGUGGGAAUUCCUCCCGUUUCUCGCAUCAGCUUCUUCAAGAUUGCCGGUAGAUUCAUCCCCAUACUUGCGAGCACGUGGAACCCGCGAAAUGGAGAUGUACGACCAAUCCUAUGGCCGACGAAAUUAUGGGCAGAGCUCUGCGCCGCCUUACAACUGUCACUACGAGCAAUACGCGCCGUCACCGACGAAUUUUUCGAAAAAUUCCAAUCACAGAGAAAUGGAGCCUCUAGAUGACAAAGAGCGUGGCUGCUGCCAAGGAUUCGUGGCAUUCCUCCUUGGACUCGCUCUCUUCUCCAGCCAGUUGGUAAUCUUCGGAAUCGUUGCCCUCACGGUUUAUUGGGUUUUCAAGUUCAGAGGUGGGCUCGACUUGGAGAAGGAUCUUCUGCAACAGUUCAACACUCAUAUUAUCGCUAUGAUUGUUGGUUUCGUUUUCUUCUGCGGUCAGGCGAUUUUAGCAUAUCGUGUCUUCGACUGUUGCAAGCGAUCGUAUGCUCGGGUGAUCCAUUCCAUCCUUCAAGUGUUGGGAACAAUUUGCAUAACCGCAGGUUUCUAUGUGACCUACACGAACACGCACAACAAAGCUCAAAAUCAUUUCCGAUCGUUACACACGUGGCUCGCACUGGCGACGUGUUCUCUCUUCUGUCUUCAGUUUGUGUUCGCCAUCCUAUUCUUCGUGAUACCCUUAUGCUGUCGAAGGAGAACGUUCGCAUUCCGACAAAAAAUGAUGCCUGUCCACGCGUCUUUCGGGCUCAUACUUUUCACCAUGUUUUCGGGAACAGCUAUCACUGGCUUCAUUCAAGCUGAGAAAGAACCCCCGAUUGUGCCCCCAUCCUACAAUCAAACAGCCGAGAAUCUGCUGUCGCUGAUUCCUGGCAGUCCCGAAGAGCAAUCGGAUCUCAUCGUGAAGAUUCUCGGCUGUGCCAUCCUAGCUCUCGGAGUUCUGCUAUCGGCGGUUACGAACACGAGUAUCCGGGGCGGUCGCGGUGUAUUUUCCAGGACCUGAAGCAGUGAGCGCUUGCCACCCGCACACGCACCAUCCGAGGGCUGUAUCGAGAUGAAGAUUGAGCUUCAGACUGAUAUCAUCAUCAUCAUCAUCACAUAUAUAUAUUCCCCUACCUGACCUUUCGUUCCCUCGCCCAGGGGCACCGAGGGGCGACUUGGAAUCGAUCGUUCGAUUCAAUAGAAAUUCAUGUUCCCAUGACUCAAAGUCGCAUCAAAGCCGAUCAGUCGCCGCGAUGGAUCGCUAUAGUCACUCAAUCGGCAUUCUGCUUUAAGGUCAACGAUUCAUCGAUGACCCACCUUAUGACCGAAUACUGUGGGUAUGGAUUGAAAGCUCUCAUGAAGUACCUCGGACGGAGAAGAAUUACGAUGUAAGUGGAGAUCCGAUGCGUGUUGAGCCGGACAUUCCACGAGCGGAUCGAAGGCCUCUCCAAGACAGUCUGGAGCGGAAUAUAAAGUUUCCGGAGAGCUGGACCGGCCGAAAGGCAAAACCCGACUUUCGAGGCUACGACACAUUGUUAACGGAUUCCUCACCUUUGGAAGAAUUAUUGAGGGAGAGCGAGGCUGAAUCGAGUGAAUGUCUUACGCCACCCGUCGGGGUGAGCUCACAACCAGUGCCACUCCUAGCAAAGUGUAUAUAUACAUAGUAUUGAUCAGUAUGUCCUUCGUGCAUUUCGCGGAUCUCACUCAAAAGAGAUAUUCGUCACCUGGUCUCAUCAGUUCAUCAGCAGAGAUCGACGAAGGUGCGAACUCCGCCCUCCGGGAUAAUAAAUUUGAUCGUAAU